ACUUGCGCAUUUGCCUGUUCGUCUCCUUUUGUUCAUCUCAGAUCUUUCUAGGGUUAGGGUUUCGGGAAGCUACGAUCUGGCAAUGGCGGCGACGGCGACGCAAGCGGGGCUGUUCGGCUUCAAGCCGCAGGUGAUGGUUCCCGGUGGGAAGGCAGAGGCAGCGGUGAAGUUCUACAAGGCGGCUUUUGGGGCGGAGGAGCUGCGGCGAGUGUCGCACCCCAAGCGCAAGGCCGACCAGGACCUUCCUCUCAUUAUCUCCUCCGAGCUAAAGAUCGGCUCCUCUUUUCUGCUGGUCGGCGAUCGCUUUGAUGAAGGGGGCGAGGAUGGAUCUGCGCAAUCCGGCGGUGGGGUCAUGUUCCGGCUUGAAGCAGAGGACGUCGCCGAGGUGGUGAAGAAGGCGGUAGCUGCUGGUGCGGUCGUCGUAGGCGAAGUGGCGGAGGAUGAAAGUGGCAUCGUCGCGACGGUGAAGGACCCUUACAGUGUUGUUUGGGUCAUCGCGGCUGCCGUGAAAAGCGCCGAUCCAGAAGCUUGAUCUGGUCUCACCGAUUUACUACUUUAUCAUAGAGUAUAUCUCUUUUUGGGAAACAUUAAUGAACUCGAACCGUAUGUAAUAGCUAGCUAGUAGGCCUCAGAGAAACCGCAUUAGUCAUUGUGGUCUCGUAACACUCGAUCUACUAACCUGAAGGACAUCAAGGUUACUGGUUAAAUCAUUCCCUAUUUUGUGAUGCUUCUAAUCAUCCUUCUUUUGCA